AUGGGAAAAGCUAUAAUUUUUGCAACAAAUAUGCUUGAAAGCAUGAUUGUUCAUCCCACACCAACAAGAGUUGAGGUCUCAGACAUUGUUAUUGCUGUUAGAGAGGGUGCUGAUGCAGUCAUGCUUUCUGGAGAAACUACUCAUGGAAAUAAAAGGGUACAACAGAAAUUGGCUUUGUAUCAAGGAGUUUGCCCAAUUUACAUGGAGUUCUCAGAUGAUUCUGAGAAAACAUUUGCAGAUGCUCUUUCUCUCUUGAAGCCAUUAAUCUGUAAAACAGAUUCGUUUGCAAAGAUGGAUAAACUAAAAUUGCUCCAGCUCAAAUAUGUGAAACUCACGGGGUUGUACAAGAAUUUUCCAGAAUUAAGAUGGUUGUGUUGGCAUGGAUGUUAUUUUUCUAAAAUACCCUCCGGCUUAUUGAUGAGCACCUUGGUAGCUAUAGAUAUGACUUAUCGAAACUUGAAAACGUUUGAACAUCCAAUGGUUCUUAAUUCGUUGAAGAUUCUGAAUCUCAAAGAGUCUUGCAAACUUGUUAGUAUCAACAAACUUUCAUGGCUUCCCAAUCUUGAGACUUUGAUUCACUGGAACUGUAGCAGUCUGACUCACGUUUGUGAAACCAUUGGAGGCCUUGAGAGUCUUGUUCUAUUGGACUUUACUGGGUGUAAGAAUCUAUGGAAGGUUUCAUCGAACAGGAGUAACAUAAAUCUACUUAAAAGGCUAAAACUUUAUGUAUUGGUGGAGGAAUUCCAAAACAGUCCUCGUUUUCCUUAUCAGACUCCUUAA